GAAAAGAGCGCGACCCGGAGACCGGGAAGGGGAUGAGAGGACACGGGGAGCCCUGCGCCGGAUCUGCGGACAUAUCAUAAUGAGGCACACCCCGGUACAACGCCAUCUUCCUCCCCUAUCCAGCCACCUACUGCCUCAUGGGAAACAUGUCAAGCUUUUCCAGACCCCGGAAGGUCGAUACUGGGAGGAAGAGGAGGAAGAAGAGGAACCACAGCUGAGAAAGCCGUGCAGACGCCCACAGAGGAAAGGGAGGAGCCAGAAGAUGCGGGUUAUGCGCUCGCUUUCCCUGCACCUCUUCAAGCGGCCAAUUUCACUGCCCUUCUACUGGAAAAUAUGGGGGAGCCUGGGGGCCAGGCGGAGGCGGAUUUGGGGCAGGAGAAGGGAAGGCGGAGGCGGCUCUGUGGGUCUGCAGUUGGGAAAGCGCAGAGGGUGUAUUGAAGAAGCAUCGCUGGGCAAUCAUUUAGCUGAAGGGGAGACAGGUCACCCUCUCGGACUUCCCAAUGGGUUCUCUCCGCUACCUGCAGAGUCGGACACCAUCCUCAUUACCAACGUCUGCAGUAUUGGAACCCAAGAGAUCCCAGCCCCAAAUGGACCCCACAGGCAAGAUGGCUUAACCCCACCUCCAGAAAAGGAAGCCCCACCCCCUGCGUUGACAGAGGAGCACGUGGCCUGCGUACAGAGUAUUCUGGACCAGUUUCUCCAGUCUUAUGGAAGCCUGAUACCGCUGGGAACAGAAGAAGUGUUGGACAAGUUGGAAGAUGUGUUCCAGCAGCCGUUCUCUACACCAGCCAGGAGAGCUGUUGUACAACACGUCAUCCAGUCCUAUCAGCGUCUACCUGGGAACAAUCUGCUGCGCACCUUCCGUGUUACUUACAAGAGGCAUGUGCUAAGCAUGGAUGAUCUGGGCACCCUGUAUGGACAGAACUGGCUCAAUGAUCAGGUGAUGAACAUGUAUGGAGACCUAGUGAUGGAUGCAGUUCCAGACAAGGUGCAUUUCUUCAACAGCUUUUUCUAUGACAAAUUAAGAACAAAAGGAUAUGAAGGAGUGAAGCGGUGGACGAAAAAUGUGGAUAUAUUUAGUAAGCAGUUGCUCCUGAUUCCAAUACACCUGGAAGUCCAUUGGUCUCUGGUCUGCGUGGACGUCCCUAAACGGACCAUUACUUACUUUGAUUCCCAGCGCACCCUGAACAGGCGCUGCCCCAAGCAUAUAGCCAAAUAUCUCCAGGCAGAAGCGGUGAAGAAAGAGCGGCUGGAUUUUAUGAAUGGCUGGAAAGGACUCUUUAAAAUGAAUGUUGCCAGACAGAAUAAUGACAGUGACUGCGGGGCGUUUGUGUUGCAGUACAGCAAAUUCCUCGCCUUGGAGCUCCCAUUCAGCUUUGGUCAGCAGGACAUGCCUAAACUGAGGCGCCAGAUGUAUAAGGAGCUAUGUCACUGCAAGCUGACUGUGUGAUGCCAUCUGCUAGGCGGAGGCAACAUCCGGACUGAGCCAGGGGUCCUACAGCGUCGUAGAGGGGCUCGCCGUGAUGUGUGUCCUGAGGAACACCCUCCCUGACCCAUCCCAGGAGGCUUUGUGCACAGCCUUCAUUUGUACAUUGAUUUGUGGAGUCUUGAGUUUUCUAUAUGCGCCCAGCCAGGGUCCCCCCAGCCCCUCCAUCUCUACCCAGUUUCCCUGCAGGCAGUCCCACGUCUGCGUCCCACCAGCCCUGUUCAGAGAUUCUGUAUCACGCCCCACUUGCCCGUAUAGAAGGCCACCCUGCCCUGUGUCUUUUAUUUUAUUUUGUUUUUUGUUUUGUGUAUUUUUUCGUUUCUUAUUUAAACGGUUUCUGGGGAAAAUUUGUAGUUUUUUUUUUUUUUUUUUUUUUUUUUUUUUUGACAGAAAAAGAAGAAAAUUGAAAAACAAAUAAAAAGUUCUAUAGAUUUUGUGUUUGUGCUGCCCACAUAA